AGCUGAAUCAAAUUGGUCAUUUCAAUUUCCAAAGCAAAAUGGAUACCGGUCAACCAAAAGUUUCCAGAUUUGAGAUCGAACAGUCUUCAACACCCAAGAAGUAUGGACGUGCUUUAAGUCAACGACUUACUAGAGUGUUCUCUGAGGACUACAAAAAAAUCGAAGGGAGUAUUUUUGAUCCGCGGGGAGACCAUGUAAAGCAAUGGAACAAGUAUUUCUUAGUUGCAGCCCUUAUUUCCAUAGCAAUAGAUCCUCUUUUCUAUUACUUGCCUGAAGUAAAUCCGGAUGAGAUGUGCAUGGGUGAAGAUACUAAAUUAAAGAUAACCCUUACUGUCAUUCGCUCAAUUGUAGACAUUUUCUACGCGAUUCAUAUCUACGUUCGGUUCAGGACAGCAUAUGAUGCACCUUCAACUCGUUUGUUUGGAAGAGGAGAGCUGGUUCUAGACCCUUUUAAGAUCUCUCAGAGGUAUCUCAAGAGAGAAUUUUCUCUUGAUUUCCUGGCUGCUCUUCCUAUUCCACAGAUAUUGACAUGGCUGCCCUUUUUUGAUAACUCGGAAAUGAUAAGCACGAAAAUCAGUGUGCUAUACUUUAUAAUGUUCCAGUUCUUCCUGAGACUCUACCUCGUAUUCAAACUUACAUCUCAUAUAACACAUGUGAUUGGGGUUGUGGCUGAAUCGACAUUUGCAGGGGCUGCUUAUAACAUAGUCUUAUUUCUGUUGGCAGCUCAUGUUUUUGGAGCCUGCUUUUACCUUCUUGGAAUUGUGAGGCAAGGAAUGUGUUGGAAAGAAGUAUGUAACCUUGAAGAACCAGGCUGCGGUGAGAGGUAUUUUAACUGCCGUUACCUUGAUGAUCCUGGCCGAGCAUCAUGGUAUCAGUCAAGCAAUAUCUCCGAUAUGUGUGGACCUGACACAGAGUUUUUUGAAUAUGGGUUGAUUUUCGAUGCUGUAGAGUAUACACUUCAAUCCUUAAGUUUCCUUACAAAAUACUCCUUUUGUCUUUGGUGGGGACUUCGAGCGUUAAGCUCGAGAGCUGAGGAGGUUCAAGCUAGUACAUUUUUUGCAGAGACCCACUUUUGCAUAAUCAUAUCACUCACAGGAUUGUUGCUUCUUGCUAUGAUUAUCGGCACCAUGGAGACAUACCUUGAAUCAAGAACAGAAAGAUUAGAAGAAUAUAGGAUCCAACAAAUGGAUACAGAGCAAUGGAUGGACCACAGGCAGCUGCCUCAUGAACUAAAGGAGCGUGUGCGUAAACAUGGCCUGUACAAAUGGAUUAAGCAUCGGAAUGUUGAGGAGGAAGAUAUACUCAAUGCUCUUCCUUUAGAUGUCAGAAGGGAUAUCAAGCAUUACAUCUGCAUUGAACUAGUCAGACGGGUUCCGCUGUUUGAUCAAAUGGAUGAGCGCACCGUGGAUGCAAUAUGUGAAAGGCUGAGACCGGUUAUAUGCACAUCCAGAACUUGCCUGCUGCGUGAGGGGGAUCCCACCAAUGAAAUGAUAUUUAUCAUGCAUGGUCAACUAGAUUCCUACACUACGGAUGGAGGGAGAACUGGUUUCUGGAACCAGUGUCAGAUUGGGCCUGGUGACUUCUGUGGUGAGGAGCUACUGACAUGGGCACUUGACCCAUGUUCAACCGACACCCUCCCCUUGUCCACACGGACCAUCACAUCUGUUGCUGAGGUGGAAGCAUUUGCUCUUUCCUCGGAGGACUUAAAGUUUGUUGCCACACAGUUUCGUAUGCUGCACAGCAAGAAGCUGAGACACACAUUCAGGGUUCACUCGCACCAGUGGAGGACCUGGGCCGCUUGUUUCAUACAAUCAGCUUGGAAACGGUACAAAAGGCGAAAGUUGAUUGGUAUGCUCAAAGCUAAAGAGACCUAUAACCGCGAGAAUGUUACCGAGCAAAGAAAAUAUAAAGCAAAGAUAAGGGAGACUGGACUCUCCUUUCAUAGGUCGAUGUCCAGAAGAGGUGAGAAAUUCGAAUCUGAUAUUCUUCGUACCCCGGUACCGAAGCCAAAGGAUCCCGACUAUCUCGAUGAGGAUCUCUGAUUUUGGGCUCCUUUUGUUCUGUUUUGUUUUACAUAAUGCAAGUAUGUUUCCUUUGUAUCUCUUAACAUGGUCAUAUAAGAUGUAAAAACAUUCUUGUAAUACAAUUUGGUUUAAACAAAA